UUAGGCAAAUUGCCAACAUAAAUAUUGACAAAAAAAUUUGCUACUUGGGCAUUUUCCCGUAACGGAUUUCACAAAAGCUUACGUUUUUUGCCGAUUUUAUCGAAACCAAGCACGUGCAUUCGUGGUUUUUGUACUCCAUCUAGUACAAUUCUUACCUCACUCGUGUCACAUUUUGGUGUUCAUUUCAAGAUGGAGUGUGUAGUAUAUUUUAUAUAAAUUUGAAGCCCUUUGUUCAGUGAACUGCAGUUCCGAAAAAUUUCCUAAUAUGUGAUUUAACUUUGUCGAAAUUCUUGCAAGUCAUUAUCUGUCAAACAAGAAAGUUAUCUGCCAUACGUUCUUUUUAUCCAAAAAAUUGUCAUUCUGACUAUUUAAAUAUGAAGCGUGGUUUUUCUAGCGAAAAUGAUAGCAAAAUUUCAAAUAUUUCUGAGGAAAACAUAACCAAAGACGAAAGUGAUAAGUUAAACGAGCCUUCAGAAUGUAAAAUUCCUAAAACCGAAGACAGUGAAACGAAAGAAUGUAAAUCAAAUGAGGAAGGAAGCGAAGAAAUAGAAGUUAAAAUAAUUUAUAACAAAAAAAAAUACGAUGUCAGUGCGCCAUCAAACACUACCAUUGCUGAUUUUAAAAAAAUACUACAGGGUCUUUUAGGAAUUCCUGAUUCUAUGCAGAAAUUAAUGUAUAAGGGAUUAUUGCAAGAUAAUCAAACUUUAAGUACUGCUGGAAUUACAAAAGGUUCUAAAAUUAUGUUAGUAGGUUCUACUUUGAAUGAUGUUUUGGCUGUGUCUUCAGUUAGUAAACAAGAUGUUGUAGAAAUGGAGAAAGCAGCCACUGUGAAGGAACCACUAUGUAAACAAAAAAUUCAUAGGAAAGUUUUAGAUAAAGGUGUACCUGAAGAUGCCAUGCCAGGAAUUAAAAACAUAAAAGAAGGCUUGCCCCCUCUGCCAUUGUCAGGUAUGCUUAAUAAGCAUGGAGGUAAAGUCAGACUGACAUUUAAACUAGAAAGUGACCAAUUGUGGCUCAGUACCAAGGAACGUACUGAAAAACUGCCCAUGGGAUCAAUUAAAAGCAUAGUUUCUGAGUCAAUUGAAGGGCAUGAGGAAUAUCACAUAUUGGGUUUACAACUAGGGCCUACAGAAGCGUCAAGAUAUUGGAUAUACUGGGUGCCUGCACAGUAUGUAGAUGCAAUUAAAGACGCAGUUUUAGGCAAAUGGCAGUACUUUUGACUUUAUCAAGCCAGCCAAGCUAACAGUAUUGAGAUCAACAGGUUUAAUUUAAUUUUUAUGUAUGGGCAGAGAUUACAUUAAUCUUUAACAUGCAUCAUGACUUAAAAGGGAAUCAAUAUAUUUUUUUCAAACUUUUAGUUUUUCAUAUGGAAUUUAGUAUGUUAUUGUAGGUUUGCUUUUGUGAUAUUGAUCAUUGAUAUUGUUAGCAUAACUGCUUUGAAUUCAAGUGAUGAACUCAAUAUUUGUGAUGUGUGUUGAUUUGGUAAAGUUGACACUAAGUUCCAAACACGUUUAUAUAUUCAAAAAUUGCUUUUUUAGUGAUUUAAUGUUAACUGUAUCACAUCAACAAAUCUGUAAUAUAACCUAAUUUUUAUAAAAACUACAAAUGAUUUCUCAUUUGCUAUGUGUUAAUUAAGAUUUUCAGUUGUAUUGUGUGAUUAUUAUAAAGCAAAUAAAUAGUUUUUAUGUUCUA